UACGCACACUGCGCAAGUCGACUUGCACCAAAACUUGGACUUCCAUCCAAUAUGCCCAUGUGUGCCAGACAUGGGUUUUAUCUGGGUUAAAUCAGCAUCAUCUGGGCAUGGGGUCUUUAAUGGGCUAAAUGUGGGACCCAAAUUGGUUUAAAGUUGUGAACCCCUGUUAGGUCGCCCAUUAUUGUUCAUUUGAGGGUCCCAUAUGGGCCACAUUUAGGCUAUAUUAGGCUAUAUUUAUACUUACUUUUUUUGUACAGCUGAUUUGGUUUAUACCAUAAUGGGUUACUUGACUGUAAUGCCGGGUCCUAAUCAGAUGCAAUGUGGUAAGAUUUCAGUGACAAACAGUUUGUCUGUCCACACCAGAUGUGACUAUGAGACGCGAUAAAGUCAAUCAAAAAUCACAGCCAAUCAGAGCACGUGUGCGGGCUCUCUCAGCAAGCUCCCGGCACUCAGAAUGAAAUGGAUAAAUACAUAAUAAAAUUCAUGAAUAUUACACCAUUUUAACAUUAUUAAAAAUACAUUUUAAAAUACAUUGAGUUACUGAAACAAUCUUUGACAUAGAAUACACUUGUCUGUUCACAAUGAGUUGAGAGUUUGAACAUUCUUCAUCAAUACUGGCUCACACACCUGGUCAGACUUGGCAGGCUUCGGCUCUGGGUCUGCGGUGGAUUCUGGCUUGUGGUUCAUGCUCAUGGCAAAUGCACUUUCAGGCUCCAGGACCCACACUGUUUCAGGCUUGAGCUCCAGAACGGACAUUGGGGCCAGCUCACACACCUGGACAAGCUCUGGGUCUGCAGUGGGCUCCACCUUUCCCAGUGUCCUUGGUGGCACUGGCUUUGUGGUGGCCGUGAAGAGUGGGGAACACUAGGGAGGAGUUCCAAGGCAGGUGCGGUCACUGGAAUGAGAAUAACUGCUGACUGGAUGAUGGUGGGAGUGGGCUGAGGAGGGUGAGAAGAUGUCCUCAUCUUCUAUACCUCCAUCCGUGAAUGGCGAGCCACUCAGCCACAGCGCAUAAUCCAAGUACUGUGUCAGUGUGCAGGUGGUAGCUCCUACUUCCAGUAGUCGAAACAAGUGAUCAUCCAGCACACUCCAAAAACAGGUAGAGUGCCGUAAUUCCAGGACACCAUGUGGCAGUCUUCAAGGGGAUGGGCAUCUUGUGAAAGGGAGAGGAGAAGAUUUUCGGGGGAGUGAUUGGAAAAUAUUGUUUGGUCUGACCUUCUGUCACGAUCAGGCUUGGACGCAAUGACCAGAACUGAGGUAAAACUCAAACAGGUAGGUUUAUUUGCAGUAGAGAUGGCAGUAUCAGUAUCAGGCCCGAUACUGUGCUUGUGUACUUGUACUCGUACUCAUUAAAAUGCUCCAAUACCAAAAAGUGAUGCCACACAGAGUGUGUACAGUGUUUGUGUCCAGACAAACAACACUGUAAAAUGUAAUUGCUGAGCUUACUAAAAUGAUUAAGUAAACUUAACUUAUUUUAUUAAGUUUGUUGAUAUUACUUAGUUUAACUAAGUAAUUCCAACUUUUUCCCCACACAAAGUGCUUAAACUCAACUUGUUCAUUUAGCUCAACUUAAAAGUUUAAGUAUUGUGAAUGCACCAUAUAUACAGUAGGUGGCGGUAAUACUCCAAAGGAGUGAGAGCUCAUUAAUUGGACGAAGAAGAAGACUGCACAUGCGUAGUUACUUGGUUCAGAUAGCAGGUUCAUUAAUUUGCACGUGGCUGGAUAAGAGCAUGAUGAGGUAAGUCUCACCACUGGAUGGAAUGGAUGGAAAAACAGUAUAAAGUUUAAAAUGGGUAAUUACAGGAGCAAACUACGGAGAGCUGGAUGCACCGAUGUUCUUGUUAAUUCAAUGAAAAGAGGGAGCCAAGAUUCUCCAAGAAAUGUCAAGAAACCCAAACGAUUCGAGAUCAAUUUUCUACCCAAUAUGCCUUCUGGUGAAAAUGAAAGCAGCAUGGAAUCAAAACGAUUAGAAAUUGUGGAGGAAAUGAAGAAACGACAUCCAAGUUCUACACUGACAGCACAGUACAUGUACAUAACUUUUUCGCUAAGAAGAAAAGAGUUGGUUGAAAAGGAGCCUUCAGUAAAGGAGACUUUACAAAGAUGGCCAGCACUCUUCAGGGAAAGUCAGAUUAUUGCUGAGUUCAACCGGAUCACAAGCAAAAACCUGAAGCAAGAAUUCUUCUCAGCCCUUGAUAAACAUACUUCUCGUUUUCUGGAAAUUUUCGAAUCAAAGAAAGGCACAACUGGAAAAAAGCUCUUGGAGCUUCUAAUGCAAAUUAAGUCUGCAAACAUCACUGAUGUCACUGCUCGACGGACAGCAGUUCUCCGUGGUCUUGCUGUCCUUCUUGGGGAAGACACUACAGACUUCUUCAAAACAUGCUUUGACAUUGAUAUCGUUGCACCUCAAGUAUCGAUAGGAAUUCUCACUGUGGUGCCAGAGGACAGCCCGACGUCUCCACAAGGUUUGCCAUUGGAGGUCACUGAUACAGCAAUAAUUUUGGAGGGUGUUAUAGCAAUGGAUGGACUUGAGAAUGUUCCACAUGCCAUGUGUUUUGUUUUUGGGCUGAUCUAUGCUUUAAAUAUGGAGUACCCUUCACAACUUAAAAACACUUUUGAGUUCAUUCAAAGGGUUUUUCUUUCCCUGGGGCACAAAUCUCUCAAGCCAAAACUGCAAUCACUAAAAAACCUACUGUUUUAAUGUGUCUUUGUGUUUCUGAUGGCAGAAACAAGACCUUGUUACGGUAGGUCUGUUUUUUGUGUGUAUGUGUUUCUGAUGGCAGAAACAAGACCAUGUUACUGUAGGUCUGUUGUUGCAUUUUUUUGAGUUUUAAUCAGUCACCUGCCAACCUGGAUACAAAACCAAAACUCCAGUCACUAAAAGCUUUGUAGUAAAGAAUUUGUUCAAUAUGUUUUUAAUAGCAGAAACAAGACUGUCUUAGGUCUAUUGUUGCCUUUUGGUUGUUGUAUCCAGAUUGAUGGGUGACUGAUUAAAAAUCUCAAUACCCGCAACUUAAAAACCUUGAUGUUUUAAUUCAUUUUUGUUUUAAGCUUCUGAUGGCAGAAAAAUACCAUGUUAUUGUAGGUCUGUUGCUGCACUUUGGGUGUUUUAUUCAGGUUGAUGGGUGACUGAUUAAAACAAAUCUGUUUUAUUUAAAAUGUUUAGUGUUUGCAGAAACAAGGAUUUGUUACUGUAUGUCUGUUGCAUGUUGAGGUUUUUUUUUUUUUUGUCAUCCAUCAACUUGGGUAUAAAUCCUAGAAAAAAGAAACUGUAAUUGCUGCAUAACUUGGAUGUUUUGAUCAAGAUGUGUUCUUUGUGUUUCUGAUGGCAGAAACAAGACCAUGUUACAGUAGGUCUGUUGUUGAAUUUUUUUGGUAGGUUUAAUCAGACACCUACCAACCUGGAUUCAAAACCAAAACUUUUAGUCAAGAUGUGUUUGUUAGUUAUAACAGAAAGAUUUAGUCUUGUGUCUGUUGUUGCAUUUUGGGUGUUGUAUCCAGGUUGAUGGGUGACUGAUUAAA